AUGGACAAGCCAGUAACAGAAUCGUUUGCAGAUCCUAGAAACUCAAGAAGAGAUCGUUUAGAUCGUGAUCAAAGAGGUGAAAGAUACCUCUCGUCUAGAGAAAGAAUUCACAUAACUUUCAGAGAUGAAAGGCCACCUCCUGUUUUAUCAAGAGGCGGUCAUUAUAAUCAAAGGCCUAGAAUUUCAAUGGACUAUGAUGAUUUGGAAAGAUCUCAACCAAGUGGUUCAUCAUUCGUUGAUCGAAGGAAUUUAAGACGUAUGGGAGCUUCUGAUGGGGGACCUUCUUCAGAGUUAGAAUAUUCACAUGAGGUAGACCGCCAUAUGUAUCGAAGCAGAGAUAAUAGAUAUCGUUCUCAUGAUGAUUCAUCAAGAUCUGAUCCUCGAUAUCCAACAAAUUCUGCAAGUUAUGGAUAUGAUGAACGAAUGUAUUCUAAUAGAGAUCAAGAUCGUUAUUCAGCAAGGAAUAUUUACCCAAAUGAUCGAGACCGAGAUAGGUCAUGGCCAAGGCGAGAGCGUAGACCAAGUAGGGAACGUCAUUAUGAACGAGAAAAUGAAAGAGAGAGAUUAAGUCGUGAUUAUUCUCAACAUCGUAAUAAUAAUGUUCCACCACCCUAUUUUGAUCGAGAUGGUCAACAUGAUCCAACCAAUUCUCGAGAUUUUCCAUUUAGAAGAAGACCAUAUUUUCGAGAAGGCGAACUUGAAUUAGAUAGAAUAAAUCCUCCUCGAUUUAGUGUUCAAAUCCCUACAAAUAUUCGAAGGGAAUAUAAUAAUAGAUCUACUUCACCAACUAGGUCAUCAAUUACAAGUUCAUCAUCAUCACUAUCAAAACAUCAAUCUAUUUCACCGAAACUGAAAUCUUUAUCAGGGAAUUCUGAAGAAAUUUCUCCACAUCAUGUCGAACAGGAAAUUAAUCAAAAUUCUCAAAAUUCGAGUAUUCAACAUUCUGAUAGAAUUGAAGAAAAUGAGAAUUUCAAUUAUCCUAAAGAGCAGAAACGAGGUUGGUCAGGUUGGCGUAGCAUUGACCAAGGUGAACCUGAUUUGGUUGAAGGAGAUAUAUCAUUACAAGGUGAAGGUGAAGGUGAAGCCAAUGUAACAGAAGUUAAUGAUGAUAAUGAACUGCCUGAAUCGAAAAUAGAUUUGAUUGCAGUAGAAACAACGCCACCAUCAAAGCUAGAUGAAACAGAUUUAAUUUCGGUUAAAUUAAAUGAACCAAAAUCAAAAGAUGAUCAUCAAGAACAUUCUAUAAAUGAUAUGGAAAUAUCUAGUAUGCCAACAAAUGAGGAUAUCAAAAAUUUAAAUGAAGAUUUAACAAUUAAUACUCCGAAUACAUCCCCCAAAGAAUUGGAACUGCCAAUUGUCUCAUGCAAUUCAAAUUCACAACGAACGGAGCUUAUUAAUGCGCUUGGUAGAGAAAUAGAACAAAUAGAAGAAGACCUUGAUAAAUGGAAUCAUAUAUAUAAUAAAAAGAAAGAAAAGAUUACUAAAAGAGUUGAAAAAGAAAGAGAAGAAAGAGAAAAGUGUAAAAAAGAAAAAGAAAAUCUUAAAGAAAAAUGUAAAGAAGAACAACGAGUAAAACGUGCAGCGGAAGAUAGAGCAUUGUGUGUAAAUCAAGAUGAAAAUGAAAAUAAAGAAAUCAAAGUUCAAAUCCAAAAGAAACGUAGAAAAUCGAAAAAAAAACAUGUCUUCAGAAAUAAUAAACGUCGUGCAUUAGAUCAAAAAUCAACGAAGAAAAUUGCCGAAGGUAUAAGCAAUAUCAAUGAUACAGAGGAAUCAAAUAUUCAUUCAAAACGGUUGGAAGUAAAAACAAAUGAAGAAGAAAUCAAGAAGAUAUAUAAGGAUUUAUUUGAUGGGGUGGGACUUGUUGAAAGUAGACCGGCUCUAAUUAAGAGUUUUAAUUUAAAGAAGAAGGAAGAAGAUUGUACCAGAAAAAGUGGCAGGUUUUCAAAAAACGAUUAUGUCAAUAGUGAAGCUGCUGUUGAAGAAAUUGCUAAACAAAUUUUAAAGGAAGCCGAACAAGAACGACGAGCCGCUCCCGUACCCCCAAUGAUAAUCGGAGAAAAAAAUCGACAUUAUGCUAAAUUUAUCAAUAACAAUAAUAUUGUUAGAGAUCCAGUCAGUUUUUAUGGUUUUAAUAAAGAUCCCGGAGAAAAAUGGACACCUGAAGAACAUGUUGUUUUCAUGAGACAAUUUAAAUUUACUCCAAAGAGUAAGAAAAUUGAAAUUUACAAAGAAUUAAAAAAGGCAUAUUCUUUAAACAAAAAUGGUAGUAAAGUUAAAGAAGAAUUUGGAAAAUCAACUAAUAAUCGUAAUACAGUGGUUAAACAAUCCCCAAAGAAAAGGAAGGCACCAUUGAUAGCGACAGAAAGCGAUCAUCAACAAAGAACAGAUAAUAAUUUACCUGAACGACGAAACAAUAUGAGAGAAAAUUCAGUUGGUAAUAAUUGUGUUGAAAUUUAUAAUAAAGAAGAUGAUUUAACGGAGAAUGACCAAAAUCAAUUAGUUACUGAAGAAAUUAUCAAUAAAAUUGAAAUUGAAGAACAAGCAGAUGAUGAUUAUUCACUUAAAUCACAAUCAACUUCUAUACCUUUAAUAUCAAGCAUAGCAACAAUGGAUCCACCGCUGCCUACAAAUAACCAAAAUUUUCAACAAAAUAUUACAGAUGUCGAGGAUGCUGCACAUGCUCUUACAUUAUUAGCACAACUACCUAUAACAGAAAAUACGCAAAAAUCUAUGCAAAAGGGGGGAAAAAACAAGUCAAAACAAUAUGAUCAUCCUACACGAGCACGAAAUUUAUCGAUAGAAGAGAAUGUUCCUACGAAGAAGAAAAUUACAUCAUCGUAUUGGAACAAAUCGGAUGUGGAGAAAUUUAACAAUUCAUUAAAUCAAUAUGGUACAAAUUUCAAGAAAAUUUCUGAAAUUCUUGAAACCAAGUCAGAAACUCAAGUAAAGAAUUAUUAUGAAAAACAUAUUGCUUCGGGUGUAAUUCCAAAAACGGUUGAAUCUCGAUCUGAAACUCUAGCACAUUUAGAAACUUCACCUUCUAUCUCUACCACUCACACCCCACAACCAGUUGUACAGACUUCUUCAGAUAUUAAUACAGAGCAACAAACUUUUAAUAAUAAUGGAAAUUAUUUUAAUAAUAACCGAAGUGACACACAACCGCAAGUUGAACCACCACAUAAAUCAGUGACUUCUCCAUCCAUAAAUUAUAAUCGAUCAAGUUCUCCACAAUCAUCAGUAAAAAGUGCCAUAUCACAUUUAUUGAACCCAUCAACAGACGACAAUAUAUCUCAUGAUUGGUUCAAUGGAGAUCAAUCUUCAGACAAUCCAAUGGUUAUUGAUGUAGACGCAGAAGAAUCGAGACCUCCUGAAAUAAUGUCAUCAGUAGUUAAUCAACCUACUCCUAUUCAGUUUAUACCCGUUACUCAAUCUACUCAACCUAAUCAAUCUCUUAAUCAGAGCCAUAUUCCAAAGUAUUUCAUGCCAACUAUUUCGAAUUCUCAACAGUCACAAAAUAUACCACAACAUCGACAGGGUUGGGUAGAACAAAAUCAAUUUCGACAAUCAAAUUCCCUUCCCCAAGCGUAUUAUUCAUCAAAUACUCCACCACCUCCGCCACCACAUCAUUCUGUUCAACCACAAGGACCUAAUAACAUGGCACCCAAUAAUAUAAAUACUAAUAGUUUGGCACCUAGUAAUCUAUCGCCUAAUAGUAUGUCACCUACCACACCAGCAUCAAUGUAUCUUCCUCCCACCAAUCCAAUUUAUCCGUAUCAGUAUAGUAGUUUAAUUGUUCCGGACUCAUCAUCACAAAAUAGAUCAUCUGGACAACUUGUAACUGGUUCAAAUACUGUAAAUCAACAUUCUCCUGGUAGAGGUACUUAUCCUACCACCUCAACAUAUCUUCCCAGAGGUGGAGCACCAGUAUUUGAGAAUUACAAUAAUGUAUCUCCCAAUGUACCAAGUAUUAUUACUUCACCCACACCACCGCCACUUGACAAUGUACAAAUUCGACAAUCCAAUUAUGUUGUGCCACAGCAUCAAGUGGAUCUUUAUAAAUUUUUAUAA